AUGAAGUUCCCAGUCACCCCCAUCCAGGAAAUACACAAAACAGAGAAUGCCCAUGAAUGUACUGAAUACGGGAAAGUCUUCCUCAAGAAGUCUCAGCUCAAUGAACAUAAAAGAAUUCACACAGGAAAGAAACCCCAUGGAUGUAGUCUGUGUGGGAAAACAUUCUUUAAGAAGUUCAAGUUCACUGAACAUCCUUGAACUUACAAAGGAAAGAAACCCCGUGAGUGUUGUGAGUGUGGAAGAGCCUUCCUCAGUAAAUUUCAGCUUACUGAACAUCAGAAGACACAUACAGGAAAUAAACCCCCUAUAUGCAGUAUAUGUGGGAAUGCAUUCUACUGAAAGUUCAGGCUAACUGAGCACCAGAGAACUCAUACAGGAGAGAAGGCCUACCAAUGUACUGAAUGUGGCAAAGCUGUCUUUGGGAAGGCAGAGCUCACUACACACCAACAACACAAAAGAGGAGAAAAACCCCAUGUACGCAGUGAGUGUGGGAAAGCUACCUCCAGAAAAUCACAGCUCAUUCUGCAUCAGAAUAUCCAUACAGGAGCAAAAUCUUAUAUAUGCAGUGAGUGUGGGAAAGGUUUCAUACAGAACGGCAAUCUCCUCAUACAUCAACUAACUCACACUGGGGAGAAACCCUAUGGAUGCACUGAAUGUGGUAAGGCCUUCAGCCAGAAGACAUGCCUCAGCACAUCAGCGAUUCCAUACAGGAAAGACUUCCUUUGUAUGUACUGACCAUGGAAAAUCUUGUUCGCAGAAAUCAGGACUCAUUAAACCCCAGAAAAUUCACACAAGAGAGAAACCUUAUGUGUGCAGUGACUGUAGGAAAGCCUUCACCACAAAGACAAUGCUCAUUGUCCAUUGGAGAACUCACAUGGGAGAGAGGCCCUAUGGAUGCAACGAGUGUGGGAGAGCUUUCUCCCACAUGUCAUGUCUGGUUAAACACAAAAGGACAUACACAAGAGAGAAACAAGUAGAUUCCGUGAAGGUGGAAUACCCUUUCACAAAGGGUCACAGCUUCUUAGAUACUAGAGAACUCUUGCAGGGGAAAAACCCUGUUAAUAUAGUGACUGUGCAGAUGCCUUCUGUGACCCUUCAGACAUCAUUACACAUCAGUGGACUCCCAGCAGGUAGGAAUGUAGUCCUGAUGGAACAGCCAGCUGCCAGAUGUGCACCCUCAGGACAUAACAGAGAGCUUGUGCAGGAGAGAAAGGUUUAUGGAUGCCAUGAAUGUGGUUAUGCCUUGAGUGGUCAAUUACAUCUUAUUUUAUGUCAUGAAAAUACAUAGGAAAAAAGUGGUACCUUCUAUUUGGAAAAGCCUUGGGCCAUAAUGUAUAGCUGAUUGCAUGGUUAUAUGUAAACAGGAAGCCUGUGAAUGCAGAAGUUAGAAAAGCUGUGUUUGGGAAGAAUGACCCUAUCAUCAGUGAUUACCAUUUGUCAUAGGUGAGCUUAUAGUGGGUAAAAAAUAUGACAGUGGUAAAACCCUUGCCCUCAAUAGAUAUCAUUACAUACUAGAGAGAAACUGUUGGAAGGCAGUGAACAUGGCAAGGUUUUCAGUGGUACAUUCUGCCUCAUCCAUCAGCUGGUGAAAUCAUACACAAAACACUGUGAGCAUACUACUUGACAAAUAUCUUAAUUAGUUCUUGUGAGGCAAAGCCUGUGAAAAUGAGGGGUAUUUGAGAGCUUUAUGUACCAUUUCCCACUUUAAUGCAUUACAUAAUAUACCUGAUGUACAUUUUUGGACAGGAAACCUGGAACCAUAUUCUUAGUUACUAUGCUUAAAAGUGAAAAUGUUAGUCACUCAGUCAUGUCUGACUCUUUGUGACCCCAUGGACUGUACCUGUCAGGCUCCUCUGCCCAUGGAAUUCUCCAGGCAAGAAUACUGGAGUAGGUUGCCAUUCCAUUUGCCACGGGUUUGACCCAGGGAUCGAAUUAGGGUCUCCUGUAUUGCUGGCAGAUUCUUUCCUGUCUGAGCAACCAGGGAGCCUGGUUACUAUGCUUAUGUUUCCAAAAUUUUAAGGAGAUAAUCUACCUCACAUCACAGGUUAUAUUCAUUUCUUAUAUUCAUUCAUUUCUCCCAACUGAAAAAAAAAUUAUCUUCAACACCCACCCAGUAUAUGAUAAUUAGCUGCUACAUUUCUUUGACUCUAAAUUUAUUUAAAUAUUUCAGGCAAUUGAAUUCUCUAAUAAGAAAAAUGAAUAUUAAGGUCAUAAAUGCAAUUUAAUGUCCUUGGACGAGCUUAACUUCAACUAAGACCAAGCAUUAUACAACAAAGGUCACCUUAAAUGUGAUUUUUAAGAUUUUCUAGACUUGAAAAGGUAGUGAAAUGAAGGUUUGCAAGGUGAACUGAAAGCCCAAAGCCAAUUAGUAAUUUAAACCUAUAAAUUAGAUAAUAAAAUACACUGCAACACAGACCUUGGUUUGUUGGGUUUUUUUUCCUUAAAACAUGAAAAGAUGGGCAAUCUGAACACAAAUUAAGAUUGCUUCUCUCCUAGCUCUCCCCUUCUCUGAUUAUCCAGAUUAUUCUCGAAUCCUGGGAGUAUGAAAGUCUACACUGGUUAACUCAGCUGCAUUCUUCCUUCUGGACAUAGUUUCCUAACCCUAUCUUUUGCCUCACUGAUGGGAUGGAAACAGAUGUCAGGAAAAAAGGUGGAUGGUUCCAUUUCCUCCUAACUCAGGCACUCUUGAGUCUAACAUGUUUGGGAGUCACACAAGGAAGAAAGAAGUAGAUUUCAUAGAAUCAACUUUGGCCUGUUACCUCAUUCUCCACAGAGCUGGAGAGACUGAAUCAGAUUGGGAAUGAGUUGAGGAGCCCUGCAAGAGUGGGCUGAAUCUGGUUCUAGACUAGAAUACUACAGGCCUUUAACCAAUCUGGCAAAUGUUUUCCGAAUCUCUAUAAUCAUUGAGCUGUAGCUAGAAGUAAUGUUAGUAGUGACUGGCGUAAGGCUCAGGCCAAGUCUACUGCUAGAAAACUGGGUUUGAGGAAGGGCAUUAUGUCAGGUCCCUUAGGGAGAAGCCAGCAGUAGAGGCAUGUAAGUAGAUGAGAUAUCUUAAUGGCACUGUAAAUGUUUUUUGAAAACUAACACAUGAUGUGAAAAAUUAAGACUCACUUGGAGUGAACAUCUCAAUUGUUUUCUUAAGGGUUUUAAUGUGGAAUAUAUGAAGAUCUUAGGUCAUACAUAAACAUUCCUGUAUUACACUGCUCUGGCUGCCAUACUGAAAUACCAGCGUAGGUGGCUUAAACAGAAGUUAAUUUUCUCAUAGUUCCAGAGACUAAAAGUCCAAGGUCAAAGUUCCAGCAGAUACAACUAGAGCAGAGCCCUACCCUUACAACUUCAUUUAACCUGAAU